GCUUCCAUUUAUUUCUGUUCAGACUGUUCCAAGUUCUAACUCUAUCACAGCAGGGUUGAAAAAAAGAAAAAGCUCCAUUAAAGCAGAGGAUUUUUUCCAUAGAGUGAGAGAGCUGUAACUGUUGUCUACGUAUUGGUGGCGCACUAUCAGAUUUCUGUCCGCUAUUUCCUCAAGACUUGGUCUCCUCCUUAACUAACUGCCAUCUGGUUUUAUCUCUCUGAUCUCAUUUUCCACCAUUUUCAUUCACCUCAUCUUCUUUUUCUUGCAAAUCUGUCCAUUAAUUUCAAUUCCACUGCCACAUCCCAUUUCCAGAUAUUUAUCUUCUGCUUAAGGUUGGUUUUUGUUCCUCUAGGCUUUUUUCCAGUUCUUGAAUGAGCAUCAUCUCAUAUUUUGUUCAUGCUUUUUCAUUUCUGAGAAUGUGAACUCAACCCCAUCUUCUCUUUUUUCCUUUCAAUUCAAGAUUUAGAAUUUAAUUUUGAAUUUUUGUUUUCUGAUGUUUUGAUUUGAUUGACUUACCUUCGCCAUCCACCGACAGUUCCAGAGAGAUAAAAAUAGCAUCUUUUUCCCUUUUGUAACCAUUUCAAGAAAAUGCCACCACUAAUAACCACAAAUUUCAUUACCCUUUUCCUAAUUGUGAUUUUCAUCUUCACCUUCUCAGCCAAUUCCCAAGAUUCUGAUCUUGAGACUGAUUGCACAAACAAAUGGAUCCAUAUUAGACACUUACCACCUCAAUUCAACCUUGACUUGUUAUCAAAUUGCUCUGAAUAUCCGUUGUUUGAUAAUUUCUGCCCUUAUUUACCAAACCAUGGUCUUGGCCAAAAAACUCACAACAAAUCACACAGCUGGUAUAGGACUGACCCUUUUAUGCUUGAGCUUGUGUUUCAUCGUAGGAUGCUUGAAUACCCUUGUCUAACUUCUGAUCCUAGUCAUGCUAAUGCCAUUUAUGUUCCUUACUAUGGUGGAAUUGAUAGCCUUAAGUACUUAUUUGGUCCUGAAGUUAAUUCCAGUUUUCAACAUGGUCUUGAUUUGUAUGAUUUUUUAGCACAUGUUGAUUCACCUAAUAUUUGGAGUAGAAAUUAUGGUCAUGACCAUUUUUUGGUCAUGGCAAGACCUGCUUGGGAUUUUAGUCAACCUUUGUAUAAUGAUCCUAUUGUUUUUGGUACUUCAUUUCUUGAAUUGCCGGAGUUUUACAAUGUUACUGCAUUGACUCUUGAAGGUAGAGCUUAUCCUUGGCAAGAACAAGCUAUUCCUUAUCCCACUUCAUUUCAUCCUCCAAAUUUAGCAUUUUUUGAAUCUUGGGUUAAUAGGGUAAGGAGGUCUAGGAGGAAUACAUUGAUGUUGUUUGCUGGUGGUGGUGGAAUUUCAGCUAAUCCUAAUAUUAGGAGAAGUAUUAGACUUGAGUGUGAGAAUGUGACAAGUAUGAGUGCUAAUGGCACUGGCUACCAAAAGUUAUGUGAAUUUGUGGAUUGUUCUAAUGGGAUUUGUGAACAUGAUCCUAUUAGGUUUAUGAAGCCAAUGUUGCAAGCUAGCUUUUGUUUGCAACCUCCGGGGGAUACACCGAGUAGACGAUCAACGUUUGAUGGGAUUCUUGCGGGGUGCAUUCCUGUAUUCUUCGAAGAUUUGUCCGCGAAAAAGCAGUAUGGUUGGCAUUUGCCAGAGGAGAAGUAUGAAGAAUUUGCAGUCACUAUACCUAAAGAAGAUGUUGUGUUUAAGGGGUUGAAAGUUUUUGAUGUUUUAACCAGUAUACCAAGAGCUCAAGUUAGGAGAAUGAGAGAAAAGGUUUUGGAAAUGAUACCUAGAGUUAUGUAUAGAAAGCAUGGAAGUUCACUGGGUUUGAGGAGUAAAAAGGAUGCCUUUGAUAUUGCAAUAGAGGGCACUUUGGAAAGAAUCAAGUCUAGGCUUCAAGAAGUAGCAGCUCAAUAAUUAUUAUCCUUGGUGAGCCUUGGCGUAACUGGUAAAGUUGCUGUCGUGUGAUCAGGAGGUCAUGGGUUUGAGCCGUGAAAACAACAUCUUACAGAAAUGCAGGGUAAGACUGCGUACAAUAGACCCUUCUGGUCCGGCCCUUCCCUGAACCCCGCACAUAACGAGAGCUUAGUGCACCGGGCUGCUCUUUUUUUGUUCUAUUCUAUCUCUUGUUGUUCUUCUUGGUUGUUACUACUAUUAUUUAUACCUCACCAAGGGUGUAGAGAUAAUUUUGUAUUUCAUAUUUCCACUGAUAAUGAAUAAAUGUAAAGUCAUUUAUCAGAAAA